GAAGAAGAUUUUGAUGGCGCAAGGGUAGUUAUGCACUUGCAAAGGACUGUCUACGGCCUGCUAUGUUCCUUGCAAACAGCUUUGUGUGAAAAAAAGCUUAAAUGCAGGAGCUAUAGGUUAUGACUCGAGGGAACCCUUCGACAUUCGUUGAAGAGGAUCCUGAAAUUGAGCGAAGAUUUCGUAGAAGGGGCGAGGAACCUAUGCAGGAACAGAAUUUUUCAGUUGAAAUAGAGGUUGAAGAAUCUGAAAAUAUGGCAGAACAAGAAGGGCAAUAAAGGACAUUUUCAGAUUUCACUAGACCUACAAUUUGUGGGACACAAUCAAGUAUUGUUAGGCCACUGGUAGCAGCUCAGAAUUUUGAGUUAAAGCCGGGUUUCAUUCAAAUGGUUCAACAGUCCGCACAAUUUAAUGGGUUAGCCGAUGAAGACCCAAACAAUAAUAUUGAGAAUUUCUUUGAAGUAUGCGACAUGUUGAAGAUUAAUGGGGUGUCGGAUGACACAAUUGGCUUGACCCAUUCUCAUUGAAUGGAAGAGCCAAACAAUGGCUUCAUUCAUUGCCAAGAGCUUCUAUCACAACAUGGAACGAAAUGGUUGAAGCUUUCCUUGCAAGGUACUUCUCUCUGGGAAAAUCGGCAAAACUUCGUAAUGGGAUAUCUUCAUUUGUUCAGAUAGAGCUCGAAUCUUUAUUUGAGACUUGGGAACGAUUCAAGGACCUCUUGCGGAAGUGUCCACAACAUGGGUUUCCCAAAUGGAUGUUAAUUCACACAUUUUACAAUUGGUUGAACUCAAGCAACAAACAACUUCAUGAUGGCGCCGCAGUGGGGACAUUGGGAAACAAAACCCCUGAAGAAGCCUGACAAUUGAUUGAAGAGAUGGGUUUAAAUAGCUACCAAUGGAAUGCAAGAGAAAAGAACUAAGUGGCCGGACUCCAUGAGACCGAUGUCGUUACAUCCUUGGCAGCCCAAGUAGAGGCAUUGAGCAAGAAAUUGGAUACUUUGACUUCAUCAAAGAUAGCCGCAAUCACAAGCUGUGAUAGUUGUGGGGUUUCACAUAUACCAUCCGACUGUCCUAUAUCGAUUAUUUCAGCCCCAGUUGAACAAGUAUAUUUUGUGAGUAAUUCGGAAAGAGGACAAGGUAACCUUUAUAGCAACACAUACAACCAAGGAUAGAUGAACCAUCCAAAUCUCUCAUGGGGUAACCAAGGGCAGCAAAAAGCCGUUGCCCCACUAGGAUUUUAGCAAACACUUUCGAUUCCGGAGAGAGUUUCAAAAUUAGAAAGGGUUUUGUGAAAGUUCAUUCAAUCAACCGACAGAAGGUUCCAAAACAUAGAGGCAACACUCUGAAAUCAUAUCACUUCCUUUCACAAUUUGGAAAAUCAAGUAGGACAAAUAGCGAAGUUAUUGGCCGAAAGGCCUCUAGGAAGCUUGCCAAGUAACACCGAGACUAACCCAAAAGAGCAAGUAAAGGCGAUCAUUUUAAGGAGUGGUCGCGAGCAUUAGGAAAAGCUUAUUGCUGAGAACAACUCUGAAAUUCUUCGAGCUAAAGCCCCCAUUGGGAAGAAUGCUGAAAUUCCUCAAGAAAAGCUGAAAGAUAAGGUGCAAGACAAGGAGAAGGGGCCAACUAUGUUACCCCCUUCAUACACUCUAAGAAUUCUUUAUUCGACACGGUUGAAGAAAGACCAAGUUGAUGAGCAAAAUAGAAAAUUUCUGGAUCUUUUCAAGCAGUUACAGAUCAACAUUUCGCUUGUUGAGGCGUUGUCCCAAAUGCCUCGCUAUACAAAGUUCUUGAAGGAUCUCUUGACUAACAAGAGGAAUAUGGAGGAGAGUGUGGCUGUGAUUUUGGAAGGUAAUUGUUUGGCAAUGCUUAAGAAAAAUUUGCCAACAAAAUGAGAGAUCCGGGAAGCUUCAUCAUAGCAUGUGCAAUCCGAGGUUUGGGGGAAGAAAAAGCUUUGGCCGAUUCUGAAGCUAGUAUUGAUGUCAUGCCGUACACAUUGUUUUAGAAAUUGGGGAUGGGAGACCCAAGGCCAACUCGGAUGACGUUACAGUUGGUUGAUCGUUCCGUUCGUCAUCCUAGAAGUAUAAUCGAAGAUGCUUUAUUGAAGGUUGACAAGUAUAUUUUUCCUGCUAAUUGUGUUGUGUUAGAUGUAGAUGAAGAUGCGGAGGUUCCAUUGAUUUUGGGAAGACCUUUCUUACGCACCUCUAAGGCACUCAUUGACAUGGAAGGAGGCGAGAUGGCACUGCGCAUUGGAGAAGAAAAUAUUACAUACCGUCUCGCCGAAGCAAUGAAGCACUCUCUUGACUUUGAUGACACUUGUUAUUUUAUUGAUGUUAAUGAUGAGAUUGCUAAUGAGUACUUGGAGGAAUUUUUGCAUCCGGAUCUAUAUGAGUGGCUGGACAUGGAGGAGGAGAAAUUGAACAAUUGUGUGGAAGAAGUCCUCAAUGAGCAACAACAAGGAGGGGUUUUGAAAAGGAUCUUUCGCCGAGUCAAGAGGACGAGACGUCGCUACCGAAAGCACUCCAACACCAUAGGAGACAAGCAUACACAGGAAGUGCGCGACAUUCCCUCAUUCUUUAACAUGCUUAAAAAUUUCUUUUUAAGUAUGAAGAAUUUUUGUCCAUCAUGUGUGCAGGUUGCAAAAAAAGAGGUUUUUCAUGUUUAUGAGCCACCAUGAGGUAAGGACAGGUACGUUAAGCUAAGUGACGUAAACAAGCGCUUUUUGGGAGGCAACCCAAGUUUUUAAUUAGUUUUUAGUCUUCGAAUAUUACUUCUGCGUAAUAAUUUCAUUAGUGUGCGUUAUGCUUAAUUUUAGUUGAUCGCUGGUGUUUUCAUUGAAUUCUUCGGUGAUUUGAAUUAUUUUACAUGUGUAUGACAUGGUUUAGGGUGAAUUUAAUGUGUAUAGUUGAGGAAUUGGUGUUAAUUUGGAGUUUCGGGCCUUAUGUGGACUGUAUGCAGAAAUUCUGUAUUCCACAUGGCAGCGUGGAAUUUCCACGCGGUCGUGUAAAGUAUCCACGCGGGGUGUGGAAUUUCCACACCCACAUGUACCUAUAUGAAAAUGAAGAAGUACUAUUCAUUAUCAUUCCUCUUCAAAGAGCCUCUUCAUCUCCCACUCUUCCACUCCUAUAAAACCCAAGUGUUGAUCUCUCAAACUAAUUUUCUUCAACUCCUUAGAGGUUUUGACGGAGUUUUCACUGAGUUUCCAUCUCUGAUUUGAUCCGGUAAGUCCUCACUCUCCCACCUCUUCCAUGCCUUCAUGUCUAUUUUCAUGGAGCUUUCAUGGUGUUUUUGUACAAACUUCUUAGGAAAUCAUGCUAGACAUAUCUUAUUUGUGCAAAAGACGAGUUUUAUGAGGCGUAGGAGCCCGAUUCCGGCAAAGUCACCCGAAUCAGGUGCCUAUGCGGGUGAGUGGCCAGCCAGGUUACGCGGCUGCAUGGUUGGGCCACGCGGGUCUGUUAUCUGCUCUGGCUGGCGCCCGCCCAGCCACACGCGCGUGUGGCUAGGCGCGUGGGGGCGCGGCCUAGCAGGCCGAGCGCUUGAGGCAGCCCCACGCCUGCGCGCCCGUGCCUCGGCCAUGCGCCAAAAGCUUGACACACGCUCGCGUUGCGUGUAAACCGCAAGUGCACGGGUGUUGAAGUAAUAAUUACCCAGGCUCGCGUGGCCCAACCACGCGGCCGCGUCGCUCGGCUGGCCGCAUGUGGCCAACCCAUGCGUCCGUGUGGGUGCCCGAUUCUGGUGACUUUGCUGGAAUCGGGCUCCAACGCCUCAUAAAACUCGUGUUUUGCAUAAAUAAGAGAUGUCUAGCAUGAUUUCCUAAGAAGUUUUGUACAAAAACACCAUAAAAGCUCCAUGAAAAUGGAUAUGAAGGGAUGGAAAAGGUGGGAGAGUGAGGGCUUACCGGAUCAAAUCGGAGAUGGAAACUCGGUGAAACCUCCGGCAAAACACGUCAAAAUCUCUCAGGAGUUGAAGAAAAUUUGUUUGAGAGAUCAACACUUGGGUUUUAUAGGAGUGGAAGAUUAAGAGGCUCUUUGAAGAGGAAUGAUGAUGAAUAGUGCCUCUUCAUUUUCAUAUAGGCACAUGGGGGUGUGGAAAUUCCACGCCGUCAUGUGGACUGCAGAAUUUCUGCAGACAGUCGACAUAAAGCCCGAAACUCCAAAUUAACACCAAUUUCUCAACUAUACACAUUAAAUUCACCCUAAACCAUGUCAUACACAUGUAAAAUAAUUCAAAUCACCGAAGAAUUCAAUGAAAACACCAGUGAUCAACUAAAAUCAAGCAAGACGCACACUCAUGAAAUUAUUACUGCAGAAUUAAAAUUUCAAGACUAAAACUAACUAAAAACUUGGGUUGCCUCCCAAAAAGCGCUUCUUUAACGUCAUUUAGCUUGACGUACCUGUCCUUACCUCAUGGUGGAUCAUAAAGAUGAAAAACCUUUCUUAGCAACCUGCACACACGAUGGACAGAAAUUCUUCAUACUUAAAGAGAAAUUUCGAACCCUGUUAAAGAAUGAGGGAUUGUCGCGCUUUUCUUGUGUAUGUUUAUCUCCUAUGGUGUUGGAGUGCUUUCGGUGGCGACGUCUCGUCCUCUUGAUUUGGUGAAAGAUCAUUUUCAAGAACUCUCCUUGUUGUUGCUCAUUGAGGACUUCUUCCACACAAUUGUUCAAUUUCUCCUCCUCCAUGUCCGGCCACUCCUCAUAUGGAUCUGGAUGCAAAAAUUCCUCCAAGUAGUCAUUAGCAAUCUCAUCAUUAACAUCAAUAAAAUAACAAGUGUAUCAAAGUCAAGAGAGUGCUUUAUUGCUUCAGCGAGGCAGUAUGUAAUCUUUUCUUCUCCAAUGCUCAGUGUCAUCUCGCCUCUAUCUGUGCCAAUGAGUGCCUUAGUGUAAGAAAGGUCUUCCCGGAAUCAAUGGAACCUCCCCAUCUUCAUCUACAUCUAACUCACUUAAAAGUAGCUUGGGAGGAAAGGAAGGAAAAGAGGGGGGUGGGGGUUGCGGGGGUGUUUUGGUGUUCUGUGGCAGGACACACUUGAUGCCCAUAUGAAGCGAAAAGUUAAUGCACCUGAAGUUACACCUUCUUUCUCUUUUCCGGUCAUACGGAAGGAGCGAUCUCUAUCUUCAUUGGUGGUCAAUACACCAAGAAUAGCAACCCAGAACAGUUUGACAGGAAGGAGAUCCAAGGCUGUUGGUAGAAGAGCUGCUGCUAUGCGUGGCCCUAGUCCAACAGUUACCGAAGUCAAUAAAAAGGAGAAUGACAGUGAUGGACGGGCAGAUAACUCUAGUUCAUCUGAGACCCUGAGCAAGAUGACUCAAAAUAGAAGGCAGAACUUUGCAAAGGCAGAGUCAUCUGGCCAGACAAAUCAUCAAGAUUCAGAAAGUGUCAGGGAUCCUUUUAUUGAUAGGGCUGAGCUUUGGAAACUCUUGAAUUGUCUGGUUGAAGCCGCUAACAGAACAAAGGCACUUAAAUCAAGCAGCCCACAAUGCACUGUUGUGAAGGCAGAGCAAAUUAAUUUUCCAGAUAGUGAAGCAUAUUUCAAUAAAUUGAAAGUUAGGGAGCAUAUGAACAAAUCCAAUGUUCAAGAUGACAAGAAUGCCAGUGUCUCCACUACCCAAACAUUGGUCAGAUCAAGAAGAUUGAAUGGAGUUAGUCGGAGAAAGAAGGAGCUUGAGACAUCAGUCCAAGCACUAGUUGAUACUGCUGGUAAACGUGAAAGGAGGAGGAGCCCAGUUUGGUUCUCAUUGGUUGCUUCCACUGACAAGUUAGAUUUUUUCGUAUAUUGCUAUGGAAUUACGUUUUAUAAUCACAGAUCUUCUGCUUCUUUUCUAACAUUGCACAAAUCAUUCAGAGAAGGAGAUUGUCCAUUGCCCCAGAUCUCCUCAAGUUACUUGAGGAUUAGGGAUGGAAACCUGCCAGUUUCUUUCAUCCAAAAGUACCUUGUAAAGAAACUUGGUCUUGCGAGUGAAGCUGAGGUGGAAAUUACAUGCAGGGGGCAGUCAAUCAUUCCCACAAUGGCCCUGCACAACUUGAUAGAUCUUUGGUUGCGGUCGGGUUCUUCAAUAAAAGACCCGGCAUUCCUUGGCACUUCAGCCAAGGAAUUCGUGAUGGUUUUAUCAUAUCGCCGUAAAGUCUAGUCCCUUUGAUUGCAUAUCCAAACAUGCAUUCCAAGAAAUGCUCGACAUCGUAUGACCAUUGAGCUUCGAAAUCAAGCAUUGUGUGCUACUAUUCAACCUAUUGUAUUCCCUUGUGUUUCAUUAUUUUUCAGUUUUCUUUUUUAAAUACUAGGCAUCAGUUGCCCUCUUUUUUAAUCGGUUUUCGAGAAAGGGUUUUGUUUUUACCUGCAUAAAUGUCUUUCUUUUUCUGAUUUCACAAUUUAUUUUUCAUUUCUGCAAGAUGAUCAAGAGGUCAUGUAUUUCGAGCAAAAUGUAUUGUAAGUGUUUAAAUUUCAACCAUCAGUUGUAUUGCCAAUGUACAAAAGAGAAAUUAUAUAUAUAUAUAUA